AUGGAUCCUUCUAUUAUUGCCCAACUUAUGGAUCUCCUUCGUGUAAAUCCAUAUUCAACAUUUUUUCGAUCUAUUGGUGAUUUACCAAAUUUAGAAUAUCAAAAAAUCUGUAUAAAAUCAGAUCCUGGUUUAGAUCAACGGGUGUUUAAUGCCCCAACAUCAUCAGAAGUUGCAGCUAUUUGGGUUGAAAAUGAUGAUUCAGAACAUUUAACACCUCGUGAUAUUUUCGUAUUUAACCAUAUUGGCGGGAGUCAUUUAGUUCAAUAUUAUUUUGGAUGCUAUGAUCCGCUUCAAUAUCCUCUACUGAUUCCUCUCAGAGAUAUUGGAUGGCACCAAGGCAUACAAAGAAUUAACAAAAGAACUGCAUCUGUAUCUGCCAAUAACUGCACAACUCAAUUAAUUGAUCCUCAUCAAUCAACAUCAGCAGAAGAAUUACUCAGAAGAGAACAACAAGAAUCUUUUGAUGAGAUCGUAUCUGCUGAAUUACCUGACAAAGACAACAACUUACAUCUCUAUACAGCUGUUGUUAAGCAUAUGAUGCAUGACCCAUGUAGAGUUCUAAAUCCAACAAAUGUAUGUAUGAAAAAAAAUGGUUGUUGCAAAAAUAAUUACCCAAAACAGUUUGUCCCAAACACUGUUGUUGGAAAUGAUUGCUUCCCAAUAUACAAACGCUGCAACAAUGGAAGAACAGCCAAAAUCAGAGGACAUGAUUUAGAUAAUCGUUGGGUUUUUCCAUAUAACCCUUAUUUACUUGCAAUGUUUGACUGUCAUAUUAAUGUUGAGAUAUGUUCUACAAUAAAAGCUGUCAAGUAUCUCUACAAAUACAUUUAUAAAGGCCAUGAUCGUGUUGCCUUCAAUCUGGUUUCUGAACAAAGCACUCAACAAAUUGAUGAAAUUGAGAGAUUUCAAUCAGUUCGAUGGAUUGCUCCACCAGAGGCUAUGUGGAGAAUAUUUGGCUUUAUUAUCAAUGAGGUUCAUCUAGCAGUCUAUAGCUUACAUUUACAUCUUGAAAAUCAACACCAGGUUACUUUCCGUGCACAUGAAAACUUAACAAAUGUGAUAAACUCUAACUUUUCAGCAAAAUCAAUGCUGACUGAAUUUUUUGCAACAAAUCAAGUUGAUCAGAAUGCCAAAAAAUUGUUGUAUAAAGAAUUUCCUGAAUUUUAUGUUUGGAGCCAACAAUAUAAAAUGUGGACUAUUCGGAAAAAACAAGUUGUGAUAGGUCGAAUUGUUACAGCAAAUCCUUUUGAAGGAGAAAGGUAUUAUCUGCAGAUGUUAUUAAAUCAUAUAAGAGGUCCUUUAUCAUUUGAUCAUCUCAAAACUGUCAAUGGUAUCUUGGCCCCCACAUUUCGUGAAGCUGCAACUAUGUAUGGUUUAUUACAGAGAGAUGACAGUUUAGAAGAAUGCUUAUACGAAGCCUCUCUUUACCAAAUGCCUUUCAGUUUAAGAAGACUAUUUGCAACAAUUUUGGUUUACUGUAAUCCUACAAAUCCAAGAGAUCUUUGGGAACGCUUUGAACAAGAUAUGUCUGCUGAUUUUCAAUUACUUGAAAGUUCUUCAUCAACUGUUAGAACUGAAACUUUACGCUUCAUCUCCACAAUAUUUGAAUCAAUGGGUAGAAACAUCAAUUCGUUCCAUCUUAUCGACCAAAACAUUGAUUUUGAUCAAGAUGAGUUUUUGUUUAGAGAAAUUGAUGAUGAAUUAGCUGUUCCAAUUCCAGAAGAAGAUCUUCAUGCAUCAACACUGCUUAAUUGCGAACAACAAAAUGCUUAUAAUUCUAUCUUAUAA